AUGACUUUCUUGGUUCACCCUUACUAUCGAGGCCGACGAGGCUAUGGCUCUCCUCCUUUAGCUGUCCGAACUGGGUUAAUGGCGCAGGCUUUGACACCCAUCAUUGUUGCCCUUGCUGGCAAGGUCAACUUUAUCACGAUACUUACCGGCAUUAGCCAUGAGAAGCUGAAUAUUUUCCACCGUUGGGUAUCGUAUAUGUGCUUGUUCCUGAGCAUUGUUCAUACAGUGCCCUUCAUUGUCCAACCCCUGAGAGAGGGUGGGCCUGCGGCCCUCCAGAAACAGUAUUACAAACCUGGUGGCAUGGAGUAUACAGGAACUCCACCACUGGGUAUACUUGUAGGCAUUGUCGUGUUAUCCAUUCCGUGGAUUCGCCAUCGGUUCUACAACUUAUUCUACCGACUGCACAUACCCAUGUACAUAGUGUAUCUCGGUCUGCUCUUCUGGCAUUCGAAGCAGGAGAAGGACUCGUGGGUGUAUUUGUACUCGACGCUUGCAAUCUGGCUCGCUUCAUGUUUAGUGCGCCUCUUCUACAAGUGGCAGACAUUCAGCAUUUUCCGAAACUGGUUCCAAGGGUUCUCGGCGAAGCUGGAAGAAUUACCAGGCGGCAUGACGAAGGUGACUGUCCUUGCGCCCCUGGACUUCCAAUGGCGGCCUGGUCAACACUGCUGGCUGCGAGUGCCUCACAUAUCGUUGCUACAGAACCACCCUUUCACAAUUGCAAACUUACCUAAAGUUCGUACUUCAGGAGUGAGAGUAGAUUCAGAAACCCAAGACAUGAUCUUUUACGUCCGUGCGCAUCAUGGACUGACUCUUGAUUUACUUAAAUCCGCCACAAACCAUGAUGACGCGGAAAACCGCAGUCCUUCUAUUUCUAUCCAUAUUGAUGGUCCGUAUGGCGGACUUAUUGAGGAUGUGCCCGCGUUGUACGAAUCGCUAAUUUUCGUUGCUGGAGGAAGUGGGAUUUCCGCAUGCCUUCCAUGGAUUCAAUAUGCGGCUAGGCGCAUCACUGAAGGUACUUCAGUGACCAAGAAUAUCCACCUUGCGUGGAUGGUUCGAUACGCCAGCCAAAUACAGUGGAUAACGGAAGAAUUAGAGCCACUCAUCGCUGCUCAUCCGGAUCUGAUCCAAGUGGACUUUUUCGUGACAGAUUCGAGUACAGCGGCGGUGUCAAGCAUAGAAUCCGAUAAAAACUCCGAUAAUGGAGUAAUCAGUAGCAAGCCGAACGAGAAGAGUACAACGACGAUAGUCCCGAAGCUAGGACAAGUGCAUAACCAACGUCCCUACCUACCUACUCUGCUUCCGACUUUAAUCACGGCGCAGCGGUCGUUUAUUCUUGGUUGCGGACCAGAGAGUUUAAGGACGGAUUUAGCAAAUGCGGCGUCAGCUGCUCAGAAGAAGGUCCUUGCUGGAGAUGCCAAGAUCAUCACGUUGCACACUGAGUCUUUCGGUUGGUAA